UCUCCAGCUCCUGGUCAAACUUUGGGCCAUAAUCGACUGGAAACUGUUCCUAUCGGAGAAACGCCAAGAUUACCAUCUGCUCGCUGUUAUUGACAUUUCUCUUCAGAGGGGCUGCUGGUGGACAGGUUGGAGGCAAAGUCCAGCUCCUGGGUCAAACACAGAGAGGAGCACAGGCAUUUAUCAUACCAUAACAGCUGAAGAGCACAGCAAAAAGCUGAGAAAAGAGCAAAGAGAGAAGAAUGGAAACAACAUCUUCACUUCUCAAAUCUGUGACCAAGCGGGUCUGGUCCCCACCUCAGCGACCUUUCAGAAUCUGCUGUAACAGAAGGGAGACCAGGAAAGGGAUCACAGCAGGGACCCUGAAGGAGCUGAAAGAGAGGGUAUGCCAGGCUUUGCUGCUGACCAUUUCUGCAGCCUCUGUGUACCUGGUGUGUGAGGAUGAUGGUACUGAGGUGGACUCUGACGAGUUCCUCAUGACCUUGCCGGACAACACCACGCUCAUGGCCCUAGAGCCCGGACAGACAUGGAAACCUCAGGCGGGUUCAGUUGUGCUUAAAAACCACGACAAGCCUCGUACUGGUAAAGACAUAGCGCGAGUCACCUUUGACCUUUACAAAAUAAGCCCCAAGGAUGUGUUUGGCUCCCUUAGUGUGAAGGCCACAUACCAAGGUCUGUACUCGGUGAGCGCCGACUUUCAGUGUCUGGGGCCAAAGAAAGUCCUCCGGGAAGUGCUGCGUGUCGCCUCCGCCCUCCUUCAGGGUGCGGGGCACCUGCUUAUCACCGCUGCAUCUAUGAUCCGACGCGUCAUCGAAGGCGCUGAGCUCUGGCAGCCGCAGAGGGCCGAGUACACAGCCAGCUGGCAUUAAAUCUCUGGCCUGUGUUGUUGCCUCAACAUGAAAUGUUGCCUAUUUGACAUAUUGUGACUUUACUCUUACAAUUAGGCCUUAAAUUGGCAAUAGUAUUACAAAUAUAAGUCUCCUUUCUCCUUAAUACAACCACGGACUGAAUAGUAGUUUCUA